CCGCAGUGAGAGUGUGCGAUUAGUCUAUCCCCGACUAUUCAGCACCUUGCACUUGCGUGGCCGGCUUUGAAUAGCUGUGCUCGGCUUCAACCUGUUUCUGGACUUCAUUGUCCUCGAUCCUAACAGGCCGCCAUUCUUCUCAGCGUCACUGUGUUUGGGCGCUGCUACUUGCUUGCGGUAUCUUUCUGUGUUAAUACUUCGUGCGCCGGCUUGAUGCGGAAGCGAGCAUAGACUCGCCCAUACCUAUCCUACUGGCACCUCUUUGUCCGCCGACAACAUGCCUUACACCCCGCCAUCACAACAAUCCCCAGCUUCAUCAAAGACGAGCAGUCCGGCCAUCAGCCGGUCGUCAUCAUACAGCGAAGAUGUGCCGCGAUCGCCGGUGACGGGUAGGCCUCAGCCCCCGCGAUCACACUCGGCUUCAUAUCUACACAAGCACAGGCGUUCGCCGUCCUUCACAUCACAGGCGGCAGAAGCACCGCCUACGCCUACGGCAGAAGGACCUGACGCCCCGUCUGAGAUGACCGACUAUGCACGUAGCAGCAGCGUCCGGCAAUCUCCGCCUCCAGUCAACAACUUGAUAAUACCCACCGGCAUGGUUAUUUCACCACCGGAUUCCUCGGAGAAUUCUGAUGGAGACGACCCUGCGAAUGAUCAGCGAGGCAGAGAGCUGGAGAAAAGCUGGGACCAGCUUAAGGAGGCGGUCCAUGCUAUCAACCAGAAGCGCGAAGGCUCGCCCAAUAGUGCCGGAGUCCCGCUACAGGAGACUGUAUCAGAGCCUGUCUCGCAGAUAGUCUCCCCAACGGCCCUGACGCCUGAGGCACGCAAGAUCGCGCAUUCAAGAUCAACCACCGAGACUGCUAUUGUAAUACCAAGAACGCCAACCUUCGAGUCGCCGGCGCAAACAUCCGACGAUAGUGACGAGGACCAAGGUCCGCUCUCGAAGCCUUCACUGGUGCGAAAAAAGUCUGGUGAGCUAGUGAAGCCAGCUCUGAGACCGUCGUCCCGGCGGCGUUAUUCGAGCAUGCCGGGUACUCCGACGUACUCGAAGUCGGUUCACUUCAAUGACAGCGACAACCAAACGAGGCACUUCCUGCAGGUCGACAAGCCCAUGGCCGUCAGCGCCGGUUCUUCUCCCGUUGAGACAUACGAGAGUGAAUCCGAGUUUCCUUUUGACGGCGAAGGCGAAACCGUAGACGAACGUGAUAUCAAGCUUGCCAACUUCCCAGUGGAUACCUUCGAAAGGAGGUCUAAGCCAGUGCGAGUGGAGCGCAUCUUCCUGUCCCCGGACAAGCAGACACUCAUCGGUGUGUGCGCUGUUCAAAACAUCCAUUUCCAUAAGCAGGUUGUCGUCCGCUUCACUCUCGAUUACUGGAAGACCACAUCCGAGGUCGGCGCUGAGUUCAACAACGACCCACGCAGCCCGCCCACUGACGGCUGCGACCGCUUCAACUUCCACAUCAAGCUGUCGGAUCAGGCUAACAUUGAUAACAAAACACUGUUGCUAUGCGUGCGGUAUAACGUUGGCGGUCAAGAAUACUGGGAUAAUAAUGACAACACUAACUACCAAAUCGACUUCACCAAGACCGUGGCGGCUAAGAAGCCCAGCAAGCCUACCGUGACAAUGAGUCCGCUCGGUGCCCGGCCAGUCAGCGCCAUUCCUCGAAGCCGACAUACUCCUCCCACGUCACGUGGUCGCCAAGAGUCCGUCGACGACGACUUUGCUCGACUCGACACGAGUCCGGCUUACCACUUCGGUGUUGCGGACAAAGUGCUUGGCGAGUCUCCAGUCGCCAUCAAAAUGAAGCCCCGUAGCAAGCGUGGCAGCGUCUUCACUGCCGCUCCCGUCGCCACUAAUGGUCUUGGUGGUCGAUACGACUUUGGCGCCUCACUAUCGGCCGCUUUGUCAAACGCACAAGAUAAGCUUGGGCGCCAGAGUGGCCUCAUGUUACCCCGGCCAGGCCAGGUGAAGCCAACAGAGAGCAGCGGCAGCUACUUUGGGCCGCUUGACCGCAAGGAGGGCCCAGCCAAGACCGACGAGCGGCCAGACGCCCUGACUACCGACAGGCCUGCAAUGGGAUCGGACCAGUACAGAGACUUGGUCCAGAAGUUCUGCUACGUAGGUUCAGCCAACAGAAGCCCUCCCUCCGCCAAGGCUUAGAAGGCCGGACGAACGAAGAGCUGACCAAUAUGAUGGCAGUUCACGCCUGCUGCCGGAAAGGCCGUUGGCUCACCGCCACCUGCAAACGCUGCUAAACCCACUGUCUCCAAGACUGA